AUUGACAUUGUAUUUCGGUAUGUGUUGCAGGAUGUUAGCUGGUUGGAAAAUAGAAACAGCUUAGAUGACUCGCACUUGGGCACACUGGAGCAGCAACUUCACCAGGUCAAGGAGUUCACUACACGUAUGCUGCAGCAGAGCACAAAUGAAGAAGAUGGCGGCACUACAGAUACGGCUACUUUACUGUCCAACCAGCAUGAGAAAGACAGCGGUGUAGGCCGCACAGAUGAAAGCACUCGUAAUGAUGAAAGCUCAGAGCAGGACAUCUUGGGGGAUGACCAGAAUUCCCUCUGUGACACGCUCCCAGAAAGCCACAGGAAGUACAUCUAUAAUCAGGAAACUGUCGAAAGUGGCAACAUGCACCUAAGCAAUGACUCCUUCCUUUCAGCUGACAAUGGAGAUGGUGGAAGCUUCCUUGGUGUACCUGGCACGGCAUGUGAACAUUUCUGGAAACUGCUUGAAUUGAAAUCUCUGGUCAAUGGUAACAGUCCUCAGGGAUUUCUGGAGCAUAAUGCCACACUGUAUGAAAAGGGGGUUAAUGUAGACUGCGAUGAUCGGGAGAUUCGGAUGCUUAAUGAAGAGUUGCUUAACAUUGAGCUGGAAUGCCUGAGUAUCAUACAAGCACACAGGCUUCAGGCUGAAGGUGGUGGUCAGCAAGCCAAAAAACCUAGUGCCAAGGACUUUUCUGAGCAAGUCCAUCAGGACCUCAUCAAUAACCAAGUGGAUAAUGAAGGCUCUACUAGUGCUUACAACACUGGAGAGAGCUGCUCGAGUUUACAUCCUACUCUGGAACCAGAUUCUCUUGAAUUCCAAAGAAUGGUUGCUGGAGACAUGGGUAAAGGUUCUCCAAUGCAUAGACGCAACUCAACAACAGCAUGCUCCAAACAUAACCUCUCUCCCAUUCAGGAGAUCAGCCCUACCAAGAGUUUACCUGGAGAUCCAGAGGUUACAAAUCAGGGGAAACGAAAGAGUAAGAAAAAGAACCCAAGGAAGAGUCUUUUGACAUCCUUGCGUCAUUCGUCGUACAAGAAUACCUACAUCCCAGCCCAUGCACAACAUUACCAAAGCUAUAUGCAGCUUAUCCAGCAGAAGUCAGCUGUGGAAUAUGCCCAGAGUCAAGUCAGCUUAGCCAGCCUUUGCAAGAAUGCAGAAACCCCCCCCACAGAGUCCAGGCUCAAGACGGGGUGGAAGGUAAAGAUCCGUAGCGAUGGAACAAGAUACAUCACCAAAAGGCCCAUCAGGGACCAGCUUCUGAAAGAGCGAGCCUUGCGCAUUCGAGAAGAACGCUGCAGUGUGACUACAGAUGACGAUGCAGCCAGCGAACUAAAACUGGGUCGAUACUGGAACAAGGAGGAGCGCAAACAGCAUGCGGCGCGGGCCAAAGAACAGCGUCAACGGCGGGAACUCGUGAAGCAGUGCUGCAUAGAGAGCAAAGAACAAGCAGGAGCAAUGGACAACAAGGAGCCUGAUAUUAUCCAACUUAGCCGUAAAAAGAUGAUGAAGAGGAGGAACAAGAGAAUAUUUGAUAAUUGGAUGACCAUUCAGGAGCUGCUGACACAUGGCACGAAGUCCACAGAUGGUACAAGACUAUAUAAUUCCUUUCUUUCUGUGACUACAGUAUAAGGGAUUGCGCGGUUUAGGGCACAUUACUAGUUUACUGUGUAAAAUUAGGUGAGGGUUGGUGGGGGAAAUCUUGCCUCAUUUCAAGAGGUAGGUCAUAUUGGGACUUAAGUAUGAAAGCGAUUUGGGAGACACAGUAGUUCGAGUACAUAUGCGUGAUGAUAAAUUCAAGCAAACUACAGAUUUCCUAUCUUAAUACUUUAUAGAACUUGAUGGUGCACUAACAUUGCGGUUUGUACUGAAAUAUUUUAUUGAACGACUCAUCAUAGUUUAAUGUAAGAACAGAUGCAAAUCUAUUUUAUGUGAAAUUCUGGCUCUUAUUUGCAGUUAUUUGCAGUU